UUCGUGUGUGUGUUAGAAUGUCCCAGAAAAAAACAAAAAAAAGAAAGAAAAAGAAAAAACGUCUCUCUCGCCUUUGUGAGAAGCCCAUUUGAAAAUGUCCCCUCUGUGGACAAUGACCUUGUUUAAAAAAAGAGACUGUUUGGACUCGGAGUGUGUUCUUUUAUGUGGGAGUGUGUGCUUCAGCGCGUCUACAAGACGUGGAAAGGGGCUGGGACAGGCGGGCACGCCCAAACCAUGGUGUUGAAUGACGCCCGUCUGUUGCUUCUUCUAUAUAUCGGUGCGUCCUGCGAUUGGCGGACGACAGUGAAAGGUACCCAGCCCCGGCGCGCCGUGGGCGGGUAAAAGGCCUGUUUAUAAACCCAGAUCUCUCCCCGUGGGCGGGAACAGCAACAGUAGGGAGUGAAAGUGAAGCGAAGAAAGCGAAUGAGGGAGAGAGAGAGAGAGAGAAAGAGAGAGAGAGAGAGAGACGUGGAGGGGAGACGAGGCUGUGGCGGCGGCUGUGGUUGACCAGGGUUCGCGGAGGGGGCGAGGCGGCCGCCCCUGUAUGCGUCUUCAACCGCGCAUGGACGACCACCUCAGCCUCCUGCAAUCACCCCCACCGAGCGUAACCAAAACCCGGGGCGAUAACCUGGUGAACCACGGAUACACAGAGACUGAGGCCGACGUCAUGACGGUUGUGGCGUGUGACAACAUGCUGGAAGAGUCGGCGGCUCUCCCGGGCCACCACUCUCUGGACCGAUAUGAACCAGAUCAUGAGUGCUGCGAGCGGGUGGUCAUCAACAUCUCAGGGCUACGCUUCGAGACGCAGCUCAAGACUCUGUCACAGUUUCCAGAGACGCUGUUGGGUGACCCCAAGAAGAGGAUGAGGUACUUCGAUCCUCUUAGGAACGAAUACUUUUUCGAUCGGAACCGACCCAGCUUUGAUGCCAUUCUGUAUUACUACCAGUCUGGAGGGCGCAUCAGAAGACCCGUUAAUGUGCCCAUUGACAUUUUUUCUGAGGAGAUACGCUUCUAUGAGCUGGGUGAGGAGGCUAUGGAGAAGUUCAGGGAGGAUGAGGGCUUCAUAAAGGAAGAGGAGCGGCCGUUGCCAGAGAAUGAAUUUCAGAGACAGGUGUGGCUGCUUUUUGAAUACCCAGAGAGCUCCGGUCCAGCCCGGGGAAUAGCAAUAGUGUCCGUCCUCGUCAUUCUCAUCUCCAUUGUCAUCUUCUGCUUAGAGACACUGCCGGAGUUCAGGGACGAGAACAGAGAUCCGAUCACAAUUGCACCCGUGAUAAACGGCACGCUCCCCUAUUUCAUCAGCCCGUUCUCAGACCCGUUCUUUGUGGUGGAGACGUUGUGUAUCAUCUGGUUCUCCUUCGAGCUGUUGGUGCGCUUCUUUGCAUGUCCGAGUAAAGCCACGUUCUCCAAAAAUAUUAUGAACAUCAUUGAUAUUGUGGCCAUCAUCCCCUAUUUCAUCACCCUGGGCACGGAGCUGGCGGAGAGGCAAGGGAACGGACAGCAGGCUAUGUCGUUAGCCAUUCUCCGCGUAAUUAGGCUUGUUCGGGUGUUUCGCAUCUUCAAACUCUCGCGUCACUCUAAGGGGCUUCAGAUUUUAGGACAAACUCUAAAGGCCAGUAUGCGCGAAUUGGGCCUGCUCAUCUUCUUCUUGUUCAUAGGUGUCAUUCUCUUCUCCAGUGCUGUCUACUUUGCCGAGGCAGACGACCCAGAAUCCAGUUUCAGCAGCAUCCCGGACGCAUUCUGGUGGGCAGUUGUCACAAUGACUACCGUGGGCUAUGGGGACAUGCACCCCGUGACAAUUGGAGGGAAGAUUGUUGGGUCUUUGUGCGCAAUCGCCGGUGUGCUGACUAUUGCCCUGCCUGUGCCCGUCAUCGUCUCCAAUUUCAACUACUUCUACCACAGAGAAACGGACGGCGAGGAGCAGGCGCAAUACCUACACGUGGGCAGCUGUCAACCUCUGGCAGACGCCGAGGAACUGAGGAAGACUCGUUCCUCUUCCUCACUCAGCAAGAGCGAGUAUAUGGUGAUAGAGGAGCAUGGGAUCAACAGCGCGUUCAAACAGCAGCCCAACUUCCCCACCACGACCCAGAACAACUCACAGAACUGCGUGAAUAUAAACAAAAAGAUUUUCACUGACGUGUAGCCAACUUUAAAGUCAUGACCCUGAACACAGGAAGUGGUGAUGUGUCAACACACAGCUGGUUCUGUCGUUGCGCACCGUGGAAGCAGCGGUGGAUCAGACGAGUAGGGAAAGGAAAAAAAAAAAAGACAGCGAAAGGGCAAACCCUGUCUGUUCAGAGAUGCUGCUCCAUUCACAGAAUCAGGAUUUUCUCAUUUCAGUGGUAUGAAUUCAUAAAAUCUGUAUGGUUCCAUUCCCGCUUGCAUAGAAAGAAAGUGCUCCUUUAAGUAUUAGGCCUAUUCUUCUCUGAGUGAGGGGAGUGACCUGUUGUGCGUUGUGCAAUAGCCAGUAUACUAUCACAACAGGUAGAUAUAGAAGCUUUAUAACUGUGACAGAUGAGUAGAGAUGUAUGCUACUCAAAGGACACUCACAUUGUAUUAACAUGCGUUAUGAGUCGUGAUCCGUCAGUCAUAGCCUAUGUAUAAUAUUCAGAAUCAUUUAAA